GUUUGCCGACUUUGGCUUCUGCUAUCUGCUUGCCGCUACAUAUAAUCGGUUAUUAUGUCGUUAAUUCAUCACUUCAAGAUCAAGAACUGUCGUUUUAGUUUUGGUGGAAUGUAAUGUCUCUCCCUGACUGUCACCACUAAUUUCGUUUAAAUUGCGUAAAAGUUUAGUGGUCUAUUGGUGAUUCGUUUUUGGAUAGCCUAGUGACGAAGUUAGUUAGGCCUAUGAUUGAAUCGUCAAUUCAGGCUUAUUAAUGUGUGUGCUUUCUUAGAGUGCUGGUACAUAUUUACUAUUUUAGUUGGGGCCUAAUUUCUAUUAUCUGAGGGCUUAAUUACAUACUAGCGAAUUUUUGAAAGUGUCUUUUCAUAGAGGCUAAGCUCUUAGACAUCCGCAUAGGCAGUCACUUAAAUAUCCGCUUUGAUCUACUUUAAAAUAUAAUUUAUUUCACAUAAUGAACACUAUCUCAAGUAGCAUUAACUACUUAAAAGAUCCUCAAUUGGUUGCUAACUUCCAAAAGUAUUUUGGUGUGUUAAGUUUGUCCCAAGCUAACGAACAAAAGGUAGCGAGACUUGAACUUAGAUCUGGAAAUAAGUUAAACAGUUUGAAUAGAACUUUGGACCAUGCUAACCUAAAACUAAGACAUUCUAAAACAAAGGGUGAUACCAAUGUAAAUAGCCUAGCACUUGAAAACCAUGAUAGUCCAGAAGAAUACAGUGAAAACGGAGUGCUGCCCGGUAAUACAAGCACGACACUAUUUUCAGAAGAUACAUUGUCAUCUGAAUCGGAUGUAGAGCAACCAUCAUAUGUCAUAACGAACAAAUUUUGGUACUAUUUCUUCUUAUUUGGAACAUACCUCGGUGAUGAAGUUUUCUAUGCCUCUUUCAUACCAUUUUGGUUUUGGAACAUAGAUGGUGCUGUUGGAAGAAGAAUCGUAAUGGUCUGGACAAUCAUUAUGUACCUCGGGCAAGGUAUCAAAGAUAUAGUUUGCUGGCCUCGACCAGUAAGUCCACCAGUGUUUCGUCUGCAGAAGAAAUGGUCUUUAGAGCAUGGAAUGCCGUCCACCCACGCGAUGGUGGGCAUCGCCAUCCCCUUCUCAGUCAUCAUCUACACCAUGAAUAGGUAUCAGUACCCUGUAGCUUUGGGAGUUGCCAUGGCUGUGUGUUGGUGUGCUGUCAUAUCUCUGAGUAGGAUAUACCUGGGCAUGCAUUCCGUACUUGAUGUGGUGGUUGGCCUGGUGCUAGCCAUAGCACUGAUGGUGCCUGUGGUGCCAAUUGUUGAUACAGUAGAUUUUAUCCUCAUCACCAACAGAUGGUCUCCUGUUGCUCUCAUUUUGGCCUCAAUACCGAUGAUUGCCUUUUAUCCCACAACAACUCACUGGACACCAACAAGAGGGGACACCACCACCAUCCUAGGCUUCUGUGCAGGACUGUACAUUGGUGCCUGGACCAAUUACCACCGAGGGGUAAUGAAAGAACCACCACUACCUCCUCCUUACACCGUCAUCUGGCCUUCGUGGCCCAUGUUUGGUACAGGAGUGCUGCGUACUGUUAUCGGUCUCUGCAGUAUUGUCGCUACUAUCGCUGUCUGCAAGUCUGCGCAGCACGCUGUCAUGCGCUGCAUACUGCAGGACAGUUCCUCUCCGUCGUCCAACACUAAGAACUCUGCAGCAAGAAGUAUCGUAGAACUGACCUGCAAGUUUGUGUCUUACAGCCUAAUUGGCUUUAACAUCUUAUACCUCAUGCCCAAUGUUUUCAAAAUGCUCAGCAUCGAGCGACCCACGUUUUACACUGAAAUAUGAGAAUUUUCAAGUUGUAAUUUGUUGAUUAAGGUGUUUUAAACAAAUUUUAUUAGUGUCCUUAUGCAUUUCCCUUUUGAAAAAUGUAUCUUGAUUUGUUACCGUUUUGUUUAUGUUACAGUCCAACCUCGGUAUAACGAAUCUGAAGUGUUGAAACUGAAUAUUCGUUAUAUCAAGGAUUUCGUUAAAACGAGGUUUUGUUAUAUUGAGGACGAGGUUAGGUUUGCAAGAAUUUUGCUAAUUCGAGGUUCAGAACCAGCAUCGGUCAAUAUAGGUCAGGAUUUCACCUCAUUAAAAGACAAUUAAAGUAGCAUAGGCUACAAAACAUUACAGUACAGUGUUUACAUUGUAAAGUAGAAUUUCAAUUAUCCGGGGUAAUAAAGGGGAGGGAUCUUUGCACAAUAUUGCACAAUCAUAACAUUUCUAGUCAUUGACCUUAGUACAGGUUACUGUAAGUUUAAAAUCACAGCUUUCUCUAACCCACCUAAAACCUAGCCAAACACUGUAUUGUAUAGCAAUAAACGACAUAAAGAACAAAACAGAACAGUAGAGAGUUUUGUAAGCUACUGCUCGUGAUAGACCGGCAGGCUACAGUACUGCUUUAUCACAACAGAGGAAUGUCAAUAAUAAUCAUCAACUAUAGCAUUAGCAUUGGUGUUGCUGUAAGUUGAAACAAAUUGUAUUGAAAACAAUAAAAAUAAGCGUUGACGUGACCUUAACAUUUCAUUUGAUGAAGAAACUGAUUUUUCGAAAACAAUAAUAGGGUGGGGUUCGUUAUAUCAAGGGAAAGACACAGACAAUUUGUUAAGUAGUGGUUAAAUUUGCUAUGUAGAGGUUCUGACAAUGAUAAAUUUGUUAUAUUGAGGUGUUUCAUUUUAGCCGGGAUCAUGAAAAAUUCGUUAAUCAAGGUUGUUGAUAUGGUAUGUUUGUUAUGUAGAGGUAAAAUAUACAUUGUGUCUUAUGGAGGUAUCUAGGGGAUUUGAAAAAAUUUGUUAUACUGAGGUUCGUUAUAUCAAGGUUAGACUGUACUUGAUUUAUUAUAUUAGUUAUAUAUGUAUAGAUAAUUUAGCUGAGACCAUGAUAAGUAUUGUUUACCAGAGAUUCUAAAGUAUGAUUAUUUACUAAGUGAAUUAUGGAGCCAUAAUAAUCCAGUCCAGUAGAGAGCAUGAUUUUAUAUGUAGCAAAGAAACUAUUGUUUUAGUUUGCUAUGUAAUUUGUUUAAUUAAUUGCUGAAAAUCUUUGUUUGCAUUUAUAUAAACAUUCCAGAUUUUACGGUUUAACCUACUGAAAUAGAUGACUCCCAUUGCUCAUAAAAUUUGUUGCAUUACUAAAACGCAAUUAAAGGGGAAAUUCGCUAAAAUUUUGUAUUGUUAAAGUGCAAUGAAAUAAAUAGUAUAUUUGAUCA